GAUAGCGGAGACCCGCUGCUGCUGAAGAUGGCGGCGUGGAAAGACCCCGUGGAUCGAUUCGUCGAGUUCCUUCGCUUUCGCACGGUCAGUGCCGAGGGCCCCAGCGGGAGCUACCAGGAGUGUGCCCAGUGGCUGCGCGCGUACCUGGAAGAACUUGGACUCCUAGUGCAGGUCUUCUCUCCUGUUGAAAACAAGCCUGUCGUUCUGGCAACAUGGCAAGGCGAGGACCCCUCGCUUCCAGGUAUCCUUCUCAACUCGCACUACGAUGUCGUGCCCGCGAUUCCUGAGCACUGGACCUAUGACCCCUUCGAGGCUAAGGUUCUGGACGACGGUCGCAUCUACGGCCGCGGCACUCAAGACAUGAAGAGCGUGUGCAUCCAGUAUGUGGAGGCAGUGCACGCCCUCAAGACUUCCGGCUUCACGCCUAAGCGCAACGUUUACUUACUGUCUGUACCUGACGAAGAACCGGGAGGUGCUCAGGGAAUGGGGACGUUCAUUGAGACGGAGCAGUUCAAGGCAAUCCAGCCGCUCGCGUUUGCGUUCGACGAAGGUCUGGCAAACCCAGGAGACGCCUACACUGUCUUCUACGGUGAACGCGCGCAGUGGUGGGUGUACGUUAAGGCCGAGGGCCCCUCUGGGCACGGCAGCCGGUUCAUCAAGAAUACGGCCACGUCCAAGAUCAUCGACAUCUGCAACAAGGCGCUGGCGUUCCGUGCCGAGCAGGAGAAGGCGCUCGGUGCCGCCGUUGGCUGCAAGCAUGGUGAUAUGAAGAAGAAGAAGCUUGGCGAUGUGACCAGUAUCAACGUCACAGCGCUGCAGAGCGGUGUCUCUCGCGAUGGCGGCAAGACCCACGCUCUCAAUGUGAUCCCCACGGAGGCCAUCGCCGGCUUUGACAUCCGCAUUUCGCCUGAGAUGGACAUCAGUGCGAUGGGGAAGAAGCUGGACGAGUGGUGCGCCGCUGAGGGCGUUUCCUGGGAGUUUGCCUCGUGGACGAAGCCCAUGCACGAGCACUACACCACGUCGCUGGACAGUGGCAACGUGUGGUGGCAACUUUUCCAGAAGUCAUGCGCUCGCGUUGGGGAAAAGCUGGAAACCGAGAUCUUCCCUGCAGCUACGGACAGCCGCUAUCUUCGCAAGGCUGGAGUCCAGGCAAUCGGGUUUUCGCCUAUGAAGAAGACGGAGAUCCUGUUGCACGAGCACAACGAGUAUCUGCACAAGGACACGUUCUUGCACGGCAUCAAGGUCUACGAAACCAUUUUCCGGGACAUGUUCUCGCACAAGUAAGGCAGCAAGAGAGCGAUUCUCAGGCAAGGGAUGCAGUGAAGUGUAAAAUCUCGGUUGUGUUACACCCAGACUUUACUUUGAUCGUAAGAGGGGUACAGUAAAGCUUGGGAGUUGACCGUGAAGGCUUCAGCCUCGGGAGCUCUCCAUCAGAAGCUGCAAGAAGCCCUAAAUGCACGUCUACUGCUGAC